UGUGGCCAACAUUUUUUUUAACCAGAGAUGCAGGUAAACUUAUGUUUUUUUUUUUUUUUAACUGAUUCUGAAUCUGCCAGCGUUUCUUUUUGCUAGCAUAUCAGGUCUUUGGAUUUAUGUAAUAUGCAACAUAGUAAUGUUUAGAAUUUUUCUGAAUUAAGGCUUAGGUUCAACAAGAAGUGGAAUUAUUUUUUUGGAAACAUUAGGCUGUAAAUUACAAUGCAUGGUAAAAUCCGUAUUGCGCAAACUUUAUUCAGUCAAACUUCAAACCCAAAAAUGAAAAUGUCUCAAAAACCUGAUGUGCGAAAAAGAAGUAAAGACAUUUUUGAAAUAAGCGUGAAGAUACAAUUUAGUGUCUCUGAUUAAAAUUUGCUGUUGACCAGUGUAAUAGUUAACAAAUCUUAGAUCGCGUGGGUGGAGGACACUAAUGAUGCAUGCUGUAGGCUGCUAACCCCUGACUAAAUGAAUGCAUUCUUGUUAUCCGAAUAUGGGCGCGUAUGUUGUACUGCCGGUUCCCGCCCAAUAAACAUGUCGUGACAAGUGAUGCUUCUUUUAUAUUAGAUAGCAGACUCCGUUUUAUGCGAUAGGUCGUUUCGUAUCCAGUUUUUGCUUUUCACAGCUGAGAUUUAACUCAGACUGGGAUGAAUGGUUCACGUUUCGACAUACUAAGGUCAACCGGCACGUUUGUGGGAUAGGUAGGGUUUUAGCUUUAGUCUGGCACAUAGCUUCACCGGGAUGGCUACUAACUGCCGCUGUAAUAUGAUCGCAGGUCUCUUCCAGUGCACCAACAAGUUGUUUCUCAGCGAUCAGGCCACGGGACUCCAGAUCAAGGAAUUUGCUCGUAGAAAUGCUGCUAAUGCCCUAUCAGUUGCCAACAUGGUCAUGGGCAUAGCCUCCAUCCUCAGCAGUCUUGAUGGGCACCAUCAUGCAGCAUGUUGGUUGAUUCUGAUUGGCUACCUGCUGGAUCUGGCAGAUGGAGCUGUUGCCAGGAGGCUUGGCACCUGUUCUGCUCUAGGUGCAAAGCUGGAUGAUUUUGCAGAUUUCACAACGUUUGGGAUCGCCACAUCCCUGCUGCUGAGGACGCCCGACCUGUUGGAUCACAUCCUCUGCAUGUGUUACAUCCUCUCAGUUUUUGUUCGCCUCUGUUUCUUCUCGAGCGGAAUCCCAUUCAUGUAUCGUGGACUGCCCUGCAUCUACUCGGCGGGCGUCCUCGCCAGUGUCUCGUUGCUGUCGGGCAACAACACGGCCAUGCUGCGUGUCCUCGCUGUGGCCAUGAUCCUAUUCAUGAUUAGUCAGAGUUUCUACCCUCACGACCGAGUGCUGGAGUCGCAGGCCUGGAAGAAAGUUGUCUAUGCUGGAGGAGUGGUCAUGCUGUUCUGCUCAUUCUUCCUCCCUCCCUGUGUGUACUACCUACUGUGGUCUAUCUCCUACAUUUUGUUCCCAACAUCCCUUUGGAGCAGUAAAGUGUAAAAAUGAGAAGGUGGCCAAUUCCAGACUGCGGCUAGCUGCCAUGGAGGCUCACCAGAAGCUCAUUCACCACAAACAAACACUGCAGUAUUUAGCAUGCCCCACCCCCUUUUUUUUAAAUAUUGGAUGUGACACCUUGCAGGGAGAAUCCAGAUGAGAAAGACAGAUAUCCUGACACGAUUAACUCUGAUGCUUUCUCUAAAGGUGAACAAGAUAAAUCUUGACCCACCCCCAGCUUAAAAUUAAUUGUGAUCUGAUUGGUCUCUGAUGUGAUGAUCUCUACAGUCUUAAUCCAAUUUCCUAUCAGUGUUAUGCAAAUGGCCGCAGAGUGCCAAAUAAAUUAAAUGACAUACACACAUUGUACUCUUGUACCCAAUUUGUUUUGCAGAUAUUGUAUCUGCAAUCACGUACAACAUCCUAACCUCCAUGGAUAGAGAACCCACGCAACAUUUUCUUUGUGCCAAAUUUGGUGUUCUCUCUAUUUUGUUUUUUACAGUAUUCUAAUGAUGGGAGAAUGAAGCUUCAAAUUUGCUUCAUGAACCAGGUGUAUUUUCUUUUUUACUUCUCUUGAUGGCACUCUGUGUUCAACAUCGAGCUAAAAGCACACCGCCUGGUCAUUACUUUAAAUGGUCUUUUCUUUAACCUCUUCAUUUAAACCAAAAAUGCCACCUGGAGGAGUCAACAUACAACAAUUGGUCCAUGAAACAAAUUUGAAGCUUUAUUUUCCAUCAUUACAGUUUCAACAAUCAAGAUGGUUUGCUUAAAGUGGGCGUUUGACAUUUUCGUUAAAAAA